AUGUCGACGCCUCCGGUGCCGUACGGCACGCCUCCCCCGCAGCAGUUGGCGGGCCCUCCGAUGCCAGCAAUGCCUCCAAUCAAUCAACUGAUGAUGAAUUACGGGCCACACAAUCAACACAACCAACAGUACUCUCAUUCAGCGCCACCACAACCACAACCGGUUGGGCCCUCUCAACCACUACAGGGACCACCUCUUCAGGGCCCUCACGCCCCACACCCUCCACACCCCCCACAACAGCCACCGCCACAAUCGCAACAACUAUUGCCUCCACCGCCGCCUCAAUCGCCACAAUCCAUGUCUCCAUUGAAUGGCGAUUACAUGACUGCCGGCGCCCAACAGUUCCCGCAGAAUGAAAGCAAACUCAAUGGACAACAAGUGAAUCAAUUGCGGUAUCAGAUUAUGGCGUACCGACUGUUGGCCCGCAAUCAGCCCAUCCCUGACCACAUCACGGCUGCCAUUCAGGGCAAACGCAUCACUCCCUCCGCACCCUCUUCACCACAAUUGCAACCCAUGGGUCCGCCCCCUCCACCCCCUCCUCAGCAACAAAUGCCACAACAGUGGAGACCACCAACAGAUCCAUCACAACAGAUGAUACGUUUGCCAAUGGGUCCGCCCAAUGCGCCACCUGUUGGACCCCCUGUGCCGCCCCCGCAGCAGACAAUGACUACACAUAUGUCUCCAUUACCACCACAAGUACCGCCGCCACUGAUGGCUUCAUCACAGGUUGCAACGCUUCCACCGCCUAAUAUGGGUGGCAAUCAUGUGAAUCAAAUGGCAGUACAGAACUCGCAAACAGGUAACAAGAGUGCGAUGUCUGGUCCGUCUCCACAAGCAAUUGGUGGUUCAAUUGGUGGUCCGACGCCAGUGAACGGCACAUCAAUGCCAUCAAUGCCGCCGCCAUUAAUGAAUGAGUCGGCGAACGGGCCGUCGAUGUCUCAGCAGCAGAUGAACGCAUACCAGGGAAUGAUGGCUCAGCUCCAGCAGCAGAAGCAGAAUCGCGUCACACCUGUGGCCAAACCUGUGGGCAUCGAUCCCAUUGAGAUCCUGAAGGAACGCGAGAAUCGUAUCUCUCAGCGAAUCGCGCAUCGCAUCCAACAGUUGUCAACUCUUCCCGCGAGUUUGGCCCAAGACAUGCGCACCAAAGCUAUGAUCGAAUUACGAGCGCUCAGACUCUUGAACUUCCAGAAACAGUUGAGACAAGAAGUGGUUGCGUGUAUGAGAAGAGACACCACUUUGGAGACGGGUUUGAAUCCAAAGCUAUACAAACGAACCAAACGUAUUGGUUUACGAGAGGCCAGGAUUACCGAGAAGUUGGAGAAACAACAGAAGAUAGAACAGGACCGCAAACGACGGCAGAAACAUCAGGAGUACCUCAACGCUGUGCUCCAACACGCAAAGGACUUCAAGGAUUACCACAGAAACACUUUAGUCAAAGUGUCGAAAGUGAACAAAGCUGUGGCCGUAUAUCACGCCAACACCGAGAGGGAGCAGAAGAAGGAACAGGAGAGGGUCGAGAAGGAGCGCAUGCGGCGGCUCAUGGCUGAGGACGAGGAGGGCUAUCGCAAACUCAUCGACCAGAAGAAGGACAAACGCCUCGCUUUCCUCUUAUCGCAGACCGACGAAUACAUUAAGAACUUAACAGAUAUGGUUCGGCAGCACAAAGACGAGCAGAAGAGGAAGAGACGAUCCCAGAGACGCAAAGUGAAGAAGAAGAAGGCGCCCGAAGAGGCCAAACUCGACGCUAACUCCACCGCUGAUCCCAACAGCUCUUCACUUUCUGAAGGUGUUUUGGACGAGAGUUCGCAGCACUCGGAGAUUCACGUGAAUGUAAUGGAUCCCGAGGGCAAUAUCAUCACCGGUAAAGAGGCACCGGUGGCCUCUCAGCUCAAGGCAUGGCUUGAUGUUCAUCCGGGAUAUGUUGAGGCGCCCAGAGAUGAAGACGAAGACUAUGAGGAGUAUGACGAAGAGGAGUACGACGCGAGUGAGGACGAGGAGAGGGCGGAACAGAUAACGGCAGCGAUGGUACAGCAGCUGCGAAAUCCGGAACAAAAGCCGGGCGCAGCCGUUUCUGCCGAAGACGACGAGUACAACAAAGACUUGGCCGACAAUAUUAAUUACUAUAACAUCGCUCACGGCAUCAGAGAGCAGAUCACAGAACAGCCCACUAUUAUAACCAAUGGCACGCUUAAGGCAUAUCAGGUUAAAGGUCUCGAAUGGUUGGUUUCUCUGUAUAACAACAAUUUGAAUGGCAUUUUGGCCGAUGAGAUGGGUUUAGGGAAGACUAUACAGACGAUUGCAUUGAUAACCCAUUUGAUUGAACACAAGCGUAAUAAUGGCCCCUAUCUGAUCAUUGUUCCGCUCUCCACAAUGUCUAAUUGGAUGCUUGAGUUUGACCGCUGGGCGCCCACUGUUAUCAAAGUUGCAUAUAAGGGCUCUCCAAAUGUGCGCCGAAUUAUAUCAACGAAUCUGAAGUCAAGCAAAUUUAACGUUUUGUUGACUACUUAUGAAUAUGUAAUCAAAGAUAAGGCAAUACUGGCCAAACUUAGGUGGAAAUACAUGAUCAUCGAUGAGGGCCAUCGCAUGAAGAACCAUCACUGCAAACUCACCCAAAUCCUUAAUACACACUAUUCAGCCCCUCAUCGCCUACUCCUCACCGGAACUCCGCUUCAAAACAAAUUACCCGAACUCUGGGCUCUAUUGAACUUUUUGUUGCCCUCGAUAUUCAAAUGUUGCAAUACAUUUGAACAGUGGUUUAACGCACCCUUUGCUACCACUGGCGAGAAGGUUGAGCUCAAUGAAGAGGAGACUAUUCUUAUUAUACGGCGUUUGCAUAAAGUUUUGAGACCUUUUCUAUUGAGACGACUUAAGAAAGAAGUGGAGAGUCAACUGCCAGACAAAGUGGAGUAUUGUGUAAAGUGCGAUAUGUCUGCACUUCAGCGCCUCCUUUACAGACAUAUGCAGAGCAAAGGGGUCCUUUUGACGGACGGCUCGGAAAAGGACAAGAAAGGAAAGGGCGGAACCAGAACUCUGAUGAACUCAAUCAUGCAGUUAAGGAAGAUAUGUAACCAUCCCUUUAUGUUCCAACACAUAGAGGAGGCCUUUGCCGACCACUUGGGACAGGCGGACAAAAUAGUGUCCGGACCUGACCUGUUCCGGGCGUCGGGCAAGUUUGAGCUGUUGGACAGGAUUCUGCCCAAACUCAAGGCAACAAACCAUCGGGUUUUGCUCUUUUGUCAGAUGACUACUGCCAUGACUAUAUUGGAAGACUAUUUCAAUUACCGGAGCUUUACAUACCUUAGACUCGACGGCACCACAAAAGCAGAAGACAGGGGACAACUUCUCGAGCUCUUUAACGACAAGAACUCUAAUUAUUUUGUAUUUUUGUUGUCGACUCGCGCGGGAGGACUGGGACUGAAUCUACAGGCGGCCGAUACAGUGGUUAUAUUCGACUCGGAUUGGAACCCACAUCAGGACCUUCAGGCUCAGGACAGGGCUCAUCGAAUCGGUCAGAAAAACGAAGUGCGAGUCUUGCGUUUAGUGACCGUCAACUCAGUUGAAGAGCGCAUUCUCGCCGCCGCUAAGUAUAAACUCAAUUUGGAUGAGAAGGUGAUUCAGGCGGGAAUGUUUGACCAGAAGUCGACCGGACACGAGCGCAAACAAUUCCUACAGGCAAUCCUUCAAAAUGACGAACAGGACGAAGAGGAAGACGAGAAUGAGGUUCCGGACGACGAGACCAUCAAUCAAAUGAUUGCCAGAAGUGAGGAGGAGUUUGAGUUGUUCCAGAAGAUGGACAUUGACCGGCGCAGGGAUGAGGCGCGCAGUAUAAAGCGCAGGCCUCGCCUCAUGGAAGAGGACGAAAUGCCCGUUUGGCUCAUCAAAGACGACGCCGAAGUGGAGCGGCUCACCCAUGAGGAAGAGGAUGACAAACUGUUCGGUCGCGGUUCCCGACAGCGCAAAGAAGUGGAUUAUAGCGACUCUUUGACUGAAAAGCAAUGGCUUAAAGCCAUAGAAGACGGCAAUUUGGAUGAACUCGAAGUGAGCACUCGGUCUACAAAGCGUCAGAAAGGGGGCAAAGGGAAGGGCAAGAAACGCAAGGCUUAUGACUACGACGAUGACGACGAGAAGCCCACCCCUCAAACCAAGAAGAAGAGGGGCAGACCUACACUCGAGAAACACCCCCCAAACCCACCAAAAUUAUUGGCAAAAAUGAAAAAAUUGCUCAGUUUUGUCAUCAAUUAUGUCGAUUCUGAUGAUAGAGUUCUGUCCGAAGCUUUCCUCGAACUGCCGUCUCGUAAAGAAUUGCCCGAUUAUUAUGAAGUGAUCCGAAAACCGGUUGACAUCAAGAAAAUCAAGAGUCGGAUCUCGAAUCAUAGGUACAGGGGUUUAGACGAUCUUCAGGAAGACUUCAUGCAGUUGUGUCGCAACGCCCAGACCUAUAACGUGGAGGGAUCGCUCAUCUAUGAGGACUCAAUUAUGUUGCAAUCCGUGUUCACUAAAGCCAGAGAGAACUUCGAGAAGAAUGACGAGUCCUUCGCCGAAGACAACAACGACAACAAUGAAGACGACGACGAGGGCGAAGAAGACGCUGAAGAGGAAGAGGACGACGACGACGACUCGAAUUUGAAGAUGAAGAUGAAAAUGAAAUGCAAAUCCAGGUCUUCAGAAGCGUCCACUUCGCGCAACAAACCUCGAAUGGCUCGACAGACCAAGAGAUAUAUCUCCGAUGACGAGGACUCUGACGACACCGAUGAAUGAAAACACAAAUAAAGUGUUUGUUUUUCUUAUAAUUUAAUUUUUCAUAAAAACUCUUAACAAUACAUAAUCGAAAUGUAGACAAAUAUUUAUAAUUUAAAUGAAAGACAUGUGUAAAACAUUGGAUAAUAAAUGUCAGCUCUUUUUUAAUGAAUUGGAAAUUAUUUUAUAUGGAAUUGGAAAAUAGGUGCGAAUGGCCACAGAAAUAAGGGUUAUAUUUGUAAUACAGUAAUACAGUUACAUGUAUUAAUAGCUUAAAAACGCUAUUUUACACAAUACUCAAUAAUGAACUUGAAUUGGAGGGGAGAGAGAGAGAGAGAGAGAGAGAGAGAGAGAGAGA